UAUUCGUCGCACAUCUCUUAGCCACUGUCAAUUUUUGAGGCGAGAAAGUGGUUCGGGAGUGUUUUCUGUGCAAAAGUGGGGCCCCAUUCCCGUGAAAUGGACGAAAAAGUGACUGAAGUGAAUGAGGAGGAAUCAGAGUCAGAUGGUCAAGUGGCCAGGGCGGAUGCUCCAGUGGUCACGGAAGAUUCCACUCGGGCAGAACUGACAGAGGAGAUUAGAAAGCUGCGAGAGGAGUUCAAUGGACAGCGUGCCAAAAUGAGAGAGCUCUACCUGCAGAAGGAAGCUGAAUGCAAGAAGCAAUUUGGAAAGAUUGAGGCUCUAACCAAAGAACUGGACGAGGCAAAGAGUCAGCUGAUUGUGGCUGAGUAUCGGAAGGAGAAUGAAAUGCAGAAUCAGGAAUUGAAGGCACAGGAAGAAUUGGCAUCGCUGAGACAGCUCGUUCAGGAGACCCUGGAUGAAUCCAGCACCCUCAAGGAUGACCAGAAGCGCCUCUACGAUGAGUACGAGAGAAUUCGCCAAGAGAAUCACAAUCUCAAGGAAAUGCUGAGCAAUCAGGAGUCUCCGAGUCUAGCUCCCGUGCUGAGUCAUGUGAAAAAGAUUGCCCGGAAGCUCGGAGCUGACUCCAAAGAUGACACUCUCGAGGAUUCCAUGCGGAAGGUAAACAAAUAUGCUCAGGAGGAUGCCGAGGUGCUGAGAUCUCUGGUUGUGCCACUGGAGGAAGAGAUAAAAGCCCUCAAGGAGAAACUCCGUGCCACUGAUGAAGAAUUGCAAUCUUUUCGAGGUGGUCCAGCAUCAGAUUCCGCCAUUGUGGGGCUCCUGAAGGACACACAGCCCGCGAAAGAGCCCAAAUCUGCCGUCGAUGGCAAUCUUCCAUGUGAGAUGUGCAAGAACUACGAGAUGCAGCUGGUUCAAGCACAAGAGAAUGUCCGGAAGGAGCAGACAAAGACGGAACAGGUGAUGAAGCAAGUGGAGCGCGUGAAGGAGGAUUUGGAUCGGGAAGCAGUUCUGAGGCGAGAACUGGAAGCGCAAUGGCAGGAGAAGAGGGAACAGCAUAAGAAUGAAGUGGUCUCACUGACGGAACACAUCAAGAAGACCGAGGAUUCCUUUGCACAUCUGCAGAGGCACUACAAUGAGAUCAAGGAUGAGAUUAACCAGGAACUGCUGAAACUCACGCACGAACGCGAGAGUGUUCACAGGCACCUGGAGUCCCUGCAGAGGGACAAUGAUAUCCUAGCGGGUAAGUAUCUGGCCACAUCUGAGGAGAUUCAGAACCAGGAGAUCAAUCUGCCGAACACCGUGGAGGAGCUGCAGGAGAUGCUGCUGCAGGUGCAUCAGAGUCUGAUUGAGGCGAGAGUUGGAUGUGAGUUCGAGCAGACCAAGAGUAUCAGCCUGAGGGAUGAGUCACAGUUGCUGAGGGAUCAGCUGGAGUCCUUCUACAAGGAGCGCCAGGCGUAUGAGCGGGAGGUUGUAGCGAAUCUGCGGAGUUCGGAGCUGCAGCUGAAGGAAUCAAUGGCAAAGGUGAGACAACUCACGAGUCUCAAGGAGGCCUACGAAAGGAAGGAGUUGGAGUACAAGAAGGAAUCUUCAGAGCUGAGAGAACAAGCUAUCGACCUUCGAGCACUCAAUACCAAACUGGAGAAGGCAAAUGCGGAUUUGAAGGGGAAAGUGACGACUCUGCAGCAGGAUUUGGCAAAUGGUGAAGCAGUUCAGCAAGAUUUCGUUAGGCUCUCGCAAUCGUUGCAGAUGCAACUGGAGAAGAUCCGCGUGGCUGAUACCCAAGUGCGCUGGCAGGAUGAUGAGGAUGUCGAUCAGUGUUCCAACUGCAAGUCCCCCUUCACAGUUACGAAGCGCAAACAGCACUGUCGUCACUGUGGCACAAUUUAUUGUGAUAAGUGUCUAGGCAAGAGUGUCCCGUCCGGACCUCACAAGAAGCCCGCACGGGUCUGUGACGUCUGUCACACACUUCUCGUGCGGAACACCGCGCCCUACUUCAGCCAAGCACCCCCACAGACGCCAUAGUUUGAUGCCCCCUUCCACCCCCAGAGAGAGAUUUCUUCAUUGUGAUAACGCUUUGCUCCGAAUAAAACAAAAAACCCACACUGUAAAA